UUGACGUUUAAUUAACACUUGAGGAAUAAUAUUAGAAGAUAAAAUAGAUUCAUUCAAUUUUGAAAUCUGCUCGAGUUGAAUUCACUCUGUACAGGCUUAAAUUAUUAUACAUUUAAAUUUUAAAUUAGUUACUGUUUCAGCCCAAAGGAAACGUUAUAAAUUUAUUUAAAAAAUAUACCAAGUUCUUUAGAGUUUGAAGUUUCUUAAAUAGUGCCCAAAGAGGUACUAAUUUUUUUUGCCAAUGCGAUGUGUUGGCAAGAAAAACAAAUAGUACUUAAAACAUACUGCACAUUUUAAUGUAGGUGUAUGUAUAUCUUGGCCCAUUUUAUUGAAAGUUUUAGUGAAAUUGUAACAGGAACCAGUAAUACUUAUAAACUUUUCGUAAGCUUUGAAAACAAAUCUCUUGAGUCAGCUCCCAGUCAUUCCCAUUCAGUCAGUUCUCAGUAUAAAACUGUGGUGGGUGGAGUGCAUGGGGCGCGGAGGACGCGUGCGGCUGGCGGCGGCGCUGGCCGUGGCUGCACUUGUGCUGUGGGCGUGGCGAGGCUCUGACCGACAUGGACCAGUCACGAGUCUUUCGACGCGCGGUGUCGGCGCCCCGGUGGAGGGUCGUGAAUUGCCACUUAUAUUCAUUGGUGGUGUACCCCGAUCUGGUACCACUUUGAUGCGAGCUAUGCUCGAUGCCCAUCCCGAUGUCCGUUGCGGGCAAGAAACGCGAGUCGUGCCAAGAAUAUUGCAGAUGCGUCAGCACUGGAUGCGUUCCCAGAAAGAGAGUGUUCGGCUCGAACAGGCGGGUGUGUCGAAGACGGUGCUCGAUAACGCGAUCGCGGCUUUCUGCCUGGAAGUGAUAGUGCGUCACGGCGAGCCGGCGCCACGUCUGUGUAACAAGGAUCCUCUAGUUCUUAAGAUGGGCACAUAUGUGCUCGAACUUUUUCCUAAUGCUAAGUUUCUGUUUAUGGUGCGCGACGGCCGUGCCACUGUCCAUUCUAUCAUUACGCGAAAGGUAACGAUAACGGGGUUCGACUUGACGAGCUACCGGCAAUGUCUGAGCAAGUGGAAUCACGCCGUGGAACUGAUGUACCAGCAGUGUAAGACACUGGGCCCCACGCGCUGCCUACUGGUGCGCUACGAAGCGCUGGUGCUGGCUCCGGAGACCACCAUGCGCCGCGUGCUGAACUUCCUCGACCUGCCCUGGGAUGACGCCGUGCUGCAUCACGAACGAUACAUUAAUCAGCCCAACGGAGUCGCACUGUCCAAUGUGGAGAGAUCGUCGGACCAGGUGGUGCGUCCUGUGAACCUCGACGCGUUGGACAAGUGGGUGGGCCAGAUCCCGGCCGACGUGCGCGCCGACAUGGCGGAGCUGGCGCCCAUGCUGUCGGUGCUGGGCUACGACCCGUGGGCCAACCCGCCGCGCUACGCCGCCGCGGCCGACGUGUCGCCCGACCGGUCGCCGGACCAGUCGCCGGACCGUUUGCACGACUCGCCCGUCCAAGCCCCGAACGAUGAAUCUCCUCGAGCGCCUCCGCCCUAAUAUAAAAAUAUUAUUCUCUCGA